UUUCCCAGUAAUGAAACGAUGCGGAAGAUAAACAGGCAGCGAGGAGUUGGUGCUGGGGGAUGCGCCUGGGAGGAGAGCGAAGGCUUCGCUCCUCUGCUCCGUUUGCAGCUCUCCUCUGUCUGCUUACCCAGCCCUGCUGGGGAGAGAUGAGGCAGCAUCGGCCCUGUGCCCCGCCUGCUGCUGCGGGUGGGAAUCCCUCACUUUAACUCAUUGGGGUUUGAAUAAAGACAUUUCGCCUUUUCCUCGUUAGGAAAUCAGAGCAGGAGCAUUUCUUCUCGUUCUCAGCGCUGCAUUUACUCCCUACUUCAGUCCCAUCUCCGUGAAAAAUCCAGUGUUUCCUUUUGCUAAAUCGGAGGCAUUUCACUCAAUACUGCGUUUUUGUCUAUUUGAAUAAACUUAAGAGAUUACUUGGAAAAAAAUAGUAUUGGUUGAACUUAAGAGUUGUCUUCACACCCCCUCACGCCCCGCUUAGGAGAUGGUUUGGCCAUCACACAGCAGCAGCUGAAGUCUUGCAGUCAUCAGAUCUCAGUUCUGUGGUUGCAAAUCAAACCGCAGCAGCCAAACCGGCACAGCUGAGUGAAGCCCAAUUCCCCACUGCGAGCAGACUGCCUCGCUGCCUUGGUUGUGAGUCCAGAGGUACGGAGUUCCUGUCUCUGACAGGUUCUUGAGCUCUCAGUGCAUGGAAGCUAGGGGAUGGCAGCAUUUUAGUGUUGCCUUUGUCUUCCUGUUAGUGUUUCCUUUUAGUAUAGAAAGCCCUUUGCUGGCUCAGGUCGGCCUUUGGUUGGUAUAUACUUUAAUGUGCUUUUUAUGAACGAAGGGGUAUCUUUUUCAUUAUUCCAGUUCUUACACUUGCAUACGUCCUUCGCUGCAUCUUACAGAUGUUUCGAGUUGAAAUCAGCUCUACCUCCUGAUUGCGAAAGCUGCAGUGGUUGUGUGCUGUUCUGGGUGAGCUCUCGGGCUCAGGCAGCGUUGCAGUGGGGCUUUGGAAGGAGGCAGUCAGGUGGGUUCCAGGUGCUGCCGUGCGUUGGAUGCCUGUGAAGCACACUGAGAUGUGUCCGUGCGGCGAUGUGCUGCCGUUGCCCAGCUGUUGUACUUCCAGCAGUGCGUUGUAUUUCUGGCAGAGGUUUGGAUGUGUGGCCUGGUAGGGUCAAGAAGGUUGUCAUCUCGGAGUUAGUCUGACGUCGUGUCAGGUGCAUCGCUAAAUGUCACUGCUCAGUUCAGCAUUCUUUUUGAUGCUUCCCAGGCCUCACACAGCUGUCAAACAGGGAAGUCUGAAGCUGUUGGAAAUGGCAGUUUCCUGCUGGGGAAAAGCCUCAGUGGAGGCGAGGUGACCAUCCGUGGUGGAGGCAGGAAAUGGGUGGGAAUGAGGCUGAACUGCCUGCUCCUGUAAGAGGUUCUGAUCCGCUUCUUUCUCCCCUUAAUCAGCAAAUUGGCCUGGGGAAAGAGGGAGAGUUCCUUCUGUUGUUAGAGGAGCAUGAGGUGUGCCUGAAGGGAAGAAGCAGGAUGGCUGUGACCAGGAGGAAAAGGGAUGGAAAAGUGGUGGCUGUGUGAGGAGCUGAUUCUUGUGCUGUGCUCGUCCAGGGCACCAGCUCGAACUUGGCCAUGUCCAGGAUGCAUCUGUGUUGGAGAAGGCAAACCCACCUCCUGUUUGACUGCUGCCUGCUGGGGACUUGCAAUCUGUUGCUGCAUGGAAUUCAAACAAGACCUUGAAAUUGAUUGCUCUCCUUACAUCAGGAUCGGUUCAGUAGCUCCUGGAUGCAUGCAGUUUAUUAAAAAGAUACCAGCCUAGUGGAUUUCCACUGCUGGAAGGGAGUUCCUGCUUUCUUCUUCUCAUCUCGGGCCCUUUGUGAAUCAAUAUGCAUUACUGUUUGCAGACAGCUGCCCACCUCCAGGCUGGGAGGGAGAGUUGUAGCUGCUGGAGGUGUGUAGUCAGGGGGGUGGUGGUAAAUGGACAAGCUCCUGUUGUGGUGUUCAUGUUGAUGGCAGUGGUUGGUGGGAGGCACAGCCUGUGGACAAACCUGCAUCUCUGCUUUCUGCUGACGGUGGCUCAGCCUUCAAACAAAGCAGCAGAGUUGCCACCUUUGAAGCAGCGAGCAGCAGCUUACAAUACUUACAGUACACUGCAUUUCUGAGUAGGAACUGUACCGGUUUUAAUGACUGCAAAUGCAUUUAAACCCGAGCAUCAGCAGUAGGGGUUGUGGAGGUAGAAGGCUUUGUUUCUCAUCGUUGCCAUCCAUUGUUUUUGUUCCGGUUCUGCCUGGUCAAGGCCCACCAUUUGGUGGUUUAUUCCUCAUUUCCAGAGACCUUAGGGCAAAGUUAUGUUCUCAAAGUAGGGUGGGAAAUAGCAGGCACCACGUGCAAGGUCCCGUGCUAGGUGUGGGUGAGAAAGGGCUGCUCCAGGGCUCUGGCCUGAGGAGGCAUGUUGUUUCUGGUGCAGGUGGCAGGGAGCCGUGCCCAUUUCAUUCCCCCCUGCAGGGCAGGUUGGUCUGAACAGCAAGGUGACACAUCUGUGUCCUGGUGAUAUCCCUAGUGGUGAUUCACCUGCAAUCACUGAGAUGAGAGCAGGCUGAUUAGGUAGUCUGAUGUGUCUCAUUUCCUCAGCUCUCCACCAGUGACACCUCCCGACCUCUCAACCUUAUGGUCUCCUCCAUCAACACGUUGUCAGUUCCCUGGCUGGGUCUGGUGUGGCCUUUUGCUUGCAGUUCUGAAGCUAAUCCUUCUAACAGUCAAGGUUGCUAAGAGUCUUAGUAUGAGCCAAGCCCAGUCGUUAUCAGGGCAUUAGCAGGCUGAGAAUGCCUCCAUGCUUCUCUCCUUCCUCCUGGCGCUGACUGGGACCUGUGGUUUGACUAAAAGCCUUCCUGUGCGGUGUCACUGUAGCAUCACUGGAGCCCUGAUGAGUAAGAGUUGCACAUGCACUUUGUGCACCGUUUUUUUCCGACUUGUCGAAGGAAUGCUCGGUGUUCCACCUGCCACGUAUGUCUUUGUGCCUCUGCUCCUCGGUGUGCAGCACAGCUCAGCGCUGGGGCAUGGCUGGAGCCUCCCACGGCCCGGAUGGAUGGAGAACAGCAGCUCCGAGGUCAGCACUGACUGUGCUUUGAGCAGCAGAGACCUGCAGUCCCAAUUGCGUGCAGUCACGGAAGUGUCCCGAGCUGCUGAGGUGGUGCAGCAGCUUCUCAGAGCGUGGUUGUUGUCCUUCCUAGAAUCUGUGUUCCAGAAGGCCCUGUGUGCCUCACUGCCUUUAUCCCGCAGGGUGGGAGAUAGCUUUGUGUUGAGCAACCCACUGAUGAUGGAUUUGCGUGUUCCUCUCCAUCAGUAACAGCUCAAAGUACAAAUGUAAUACAGCAUCUCCUUGAUCCAGUGACCAUCUGCUCAAUAGAUCUGCAGGGGCUUUGGCUGGACCUGUUCAGUUUCUUGUCCGUAUGGCUCAUAUGGGCCCACGGUGCUCCUGGGGCACACAGAUUGCCUUGGGAGCUGGGCUGGAGGAAGAGGCCCAGCUGGGCACCAGUAGGGCUGGGAUAAAGGUCUGCAAUCAGCAUAGGGGUGAGCAGUGCUGGGACCUGGCCUGGGGCUGGGGAGCCUCGUAUGCAGGGGCAGCCUGGGUGGUGCAGGUGGGUGUGAAGUGCUGCUGUGAAAGCCUGGGUUUGUCUUACUGGUUUCUGUUGGGGCUUAAAAGACAAAGAGCUGUGAAUAGGCCUUAACUAAGCAGGUGUUAAUUAACAGGGAGGCCAUUUGUCACCCAGUGGGUGUCUUCUCUUAAGGCAGGAUUCUAGGAGAGCUCUCUUGGAAGCUGUCAGAGCCAUGGGUUCUUCAGAACUGUCCACAAAAUCCAUCACAUUAAGGAAGUAGAAGUGGCUUAACAUUAAGUUCUGUGGAACACCUCUGUUCUCUUUUGUCCACAUGUGGCAGAAAUGUACCUUUUCCCCUUAGAAUGUAUGCAGAACUUGGGUUGGGACUGGUGCAUCUUCUUAAGGAUCUCAGUCGCGGUUUCACAUCAGUGUAUUUUGCUUGAUUUAAAUGACAGUAAUUAAAAAGGAAAUGCCUCUACACCUGCGUUGGUGGGCCCAGCAGAAACCUGCCCUGUUGUCUUGUUCUGCUGACAGCACAAACGUACUGCUGUUCUGCUGUGUUCCUGCCAUGUGCUGUGUCGUCGUUUUGGGCCUGGCCAGCUGAGCUGUGAGCGCCGUAGCCACACUCGUGCUGCAUUUCCUGCAGUUGGAGGCAGUUGGAUGCAACUCAGCACACGUAACUGGUAUGAGUGCAUUUCCACCUCCCAGCUAUGGUAAGCAGCUCACGGACCAGGUGCUGCUUGCUCCAGCUCGUCCAUGCCCUGUGAGUGACACAGGCUUUGUUUGGAAUUGCCAAGGCUUGCACAAGAGGCCGAGCCAUUAUGCGGUGCAGAAAACCCAUGAAGGAGAGUUGUGAGGGCUGUAAUCUUCAAUGGGUGCUGCUAAACACGGCAGUCACCUCACCUUUGAUUCUUGGUAGCUUUGGAUGCGUGCUUCACACCUCACGACUGCAGCAUUUGGGAAAUGAAGCGAAGGUCCCCAUCCCUGCGCAGCACCGUGAGCUGAAAUGCAUCUGCUGAUGGGAUGCGAUAGCGCAGGAAUGUGUGACAAAGGCCCCGUGUGUCAUUGUUGGCGUUGCUGUGGAAACUUGCAUUCGAGCACCAGCUGGUUUGGGUGCAGCGCUCGGCAUCGUGAUGGAAUCCCACUGCUGCCCCGACGGUAUCGGGGAGCCGAGGCACUGCUGCAGCCGGUGGGAUCCCAGCAGUGGGUGGGGGGCUGUUGCCCUGCUGACUGUCGCGGUCUGACCUGAGGCUGCUCACACUCUGGUCAGGCAAUCCCCUGCGUGCGUCCCAGGCUGGUGUUGCUUUCCAGGUGCCCUCUGCCAGCUGUACUCCCCGUGCUGCUGGGGGUUGGGAGGAGGACUGGAAUGGCCAUAGAGACGUGUGCUGAGCACUGGGCCCUGUCCCUGGGUGGAGUGUGCCUGAGGGCUGCACUGGGGGAGCUUCAGUGCUCCCCAGCACUCGGGGACAGCAGCGUGGUCGCUGGUGGAGGUGAGGGCAGCGAGCAGUCACUGAGAGCUACUCUCGUGUUUUCUUCCAUGAUGUCUAUGGAAAUCCAGGGCCCUUACGUGGGAAAAGCCAUCUACAGUUCUUAUCUGCUCUUCCCGAAUUUUCCUCCUCUGACUUUCACAUAAGCCAUGUGCUUGCCUAGCAACACCCCCCCCCCCUUUUUCUUUUUUUUUUCCCCAUGUAGAAGUGCUGUCUGUAUUUUUUCCUGCUGGAUGUCCUGAUCUUGUCUCUGCCUUCUGGCAGCUGCUGCCCCUCCUUUCCUCCGGGCAUGCAACCUGCAGAAGCGGCUGACCUUGUGCUGCGGUGAACUGCUGUGGUGCUGCGGAGUGACGUGGAGCGUGGAGCGGUGGAAGCAAACAACAGCAGUGCUUUACACCUGGUGAUUAAUGAGCUCUCGGCUUAACGAGGCCCUUCUGCUCCCUCUCCCCAAGCCUGUGGCUACCACACGUGUCAGAAGCCCUGUGCCCCCCUCUCACCCUUGCAGUCUGGGCAGUCAGUGCCAUGGAGGUCAGGGUGGCUGCAGGGGGGGCACACGGCAUGGGGAGAGGUCUCCCCGUAGGCAGGAGGAGAAGGCGGAGGGGGGCCUCCUGCCCCAUGGCAGCCAUCCAUGUAGGCAGCACAGCGGUCCCCUCUGGGAGGAGAAACCAUCACCAGCAAACCAGGAGGGCUCCACCUGAGGUGGAGUUUCCACAUCCCUGGGUGGGUGAGGGCCGGAGGGGCUGCAGAGCCCUCUGGCAGUCUGUAGAGCUGGGCUGGGGGCUCAGAGUGAGCUGCUCUGAUGCAGUCUGGUUCAGAGCUCUGGUCCACCUGGUUGUGUUGAGGUGUUCCUGCUACGGCUUUGUGAUUCCCGUGACUCUGUAGGAGGCAAGUGCUUGUCAGGCUUCUGCUGGAUCGUGGGUAUCAGGGACUUUAUUGCUUGGUACUAUUGCAUUGAGAAACAAUGAAGGUAAGCAUUUGCCAAGGUUCUUAAUGGAGAAAGAGUAAUUAAAAAAAAAAAAAUCUGAUUCUUCUUAUUGAGGGCAGCAAAGCUUUCUGUGAAGCAAAAGAAUUAACGGCAAUUACAUAUUUAAGACAAACAAGGAACUUGUAGUUACUAAAUGCCAGGUUACAAGGAAACACUUGAUGCUUAUCUGGCCUUUACUGUUAAGGUUUGGUGCCUGAAAAUGAGUUCUUAACCUUUGGGUUUGGUCCCUGACCUCUGGUUGUGUUCUGUACUCUUUAUAUUUUAGACAAAGGCAGCAGUCAGUGCUCUUUUUGGAAGAGCUGUGAGGCUCUCACCACGGCUGGACCGGCCGUUAAUGUCACCUCAGCCUCCGUUCCUAUGUAGCCUAAAGGCUGCUUUAUCGGCAGUAGAGAUUACUCUGCUAGAAAGGUUGAGACUUCCAUUUAAAUGGAAGGACAUUGCGUAUCGGAGGAGUCUCGUAUCCUCAGGGUGAAGGUGGUGUCUGGCAUUGAUCUGGCAAAAAAAGACAUCUUCGGAGCCAGUGACCCCUACGUGAAGCUUUCCUUGUAUGUAGCAGAUGAGAACAGAGAACUUGCCUUGGUGCAGACAAAAACUAUUAAAAAGACACUAAAUCCAAAAUGGAAUGAAGAAUUUUAUUUCAGAGUAAACCCAACCAACCAUCGCCUCCUGUUUGAAGUGUUUGAUGAGAACAGAUUGACUAGAGACGACUUCCUGGGCCAGGUGGAUGUGCCUCUUAGCCACCUUCCGACUGAAGACCCAAGCAUGGAAAGGCCUUAUACAUUUAAGGAUUUCCUUCUCAGACCAAGAAGUCACAAGUCUCGUGUGAAGGGUUUCUUGAGGCUGAAGAUGGCUUACAUGCCUAAAAACGGUGGCCAAGAGGAGGAAAACAGCGAUCAAAGGGAUGAGUCUGAGCAUGGAUGGGAUGUGGUUGAUUCCAGUGACUCUGCAUCUCAGCGUCAGGAGGAGUUACCACCUCCUCCACUGCCUCCUGGAUGGGAGGAGAAGGUUGACAACCUGGGGCGGACUUACUAUGUCAACCACAACAACAGAACUACGCAAUGGCACCGACCAAGUUUAAUUGAUGUGGGAUCUGAUUCAGAUAACAACAUCAGACAAAUAAACCAUGAAGCAGCCCAUAGGCGGUUCCGCUCUCGAAGACACAUUAGUGAGGAUUUGGAACCGGAACCUUUGGAGACUGGAGACAUUCCUGAGCCUUGGGAAGCCAUUUCAGAGGAGGCGAGUGCAACUGGGGAUACUUUAAGCUUAUCGUUGCCACCACCUCCUGCAUCUCCUGUUUCCCGUAGCAGUCCUCAGGAGCUAUCUGAGGAACUGAGCAGAAGACUUCAGAUCACUCCUGACUCCAAUGGGGAACAGCUGAGUUCUUUGAUCCAAAGAGAUCCUUCCUCAAGGCUGAGAUCUUGCAGCGUAACAGAUACGGUCGCUGAACAGUCUCAAUUAUCUUUGCAGAGUGAACCAUCUAGGAGAACUCGUUCUUCAACUGUCACAGGUGGUGAGGAGCCAACGCCUUCAGUGGCCUAUGUCCACACCACUCCAGGCUUACCUUCAGGCUGGGAGGAAAGAAAGGAUGCAAAGGGCCGUACUUACUAUGUCAAUCACAACAAUCGAACCACAACCUGGACACGGCCCAUCAUGCAGCUUGCAGAAGAUGGCAUGGUUGGAUCGGCAGCAAACAACAACAACCAUCUGAGCGAGCCCCAGAUCAGACGGCCCCGCAGCCUCAGUUCGCCCACAGUCACCUUAUCUGCUCCACUCGAGGGCAUGAAGGACUCCCCGGUGCGCAGAGCCGUGAAGGACACCCUUUCCAACCCGCAGUCUCCGCAGCCAUCUCCCUACAACUCUCCCAAACCACAGCACAAAGUUGCGCAGAGCUUCCUCCCCCCUGGCUGGGAGAUGCGGAUAGCACCCAACGGCCGGCCCUUCUUCAUCGAUCACAACACUAAGACUACUACCUGGGAAGAUCCGCGACUGAAAUUUCCAGUGCAUUUGAGAACAAAAGCUUCUCUGAACCCCAACGAUUUGGGCCCUCUUCCUCCUGGCUGGGAGGAAAGGAUACACUUGGACGGAAGAACGUUCUAUAUAGAUCAUAGAAGCCAGGUGUUGAUAUGUGGAGACAUUGAUACCAGAGACUUAGUGCCCUCCUACGAUAAUAAAAUUACCCAGUGGGAAGACCCCAGACUGCAGAACCCAGCAAUUACUGGUCCUGCGGUUCCGUAUUCUAGGGAGUUCAAACAGAAGUAUGACUAUUUCAGGAAGAAGUUGAAGAAACCCGCUGAUAUACCAAACAGGUUUGAGAUGAAGCUGCACAGAAAUAAUAUUUUUGAGGAGUCCUACAGAAGAAUCAUGUCUGUGAAAAGACCCGAUGUACUGAAGGCCAGGCUCUGGAUUGAAUUUGAGUCAGAAAAAGGACUUGACUAUGGAGGUGUGGCCAGAGAGUGGUUUUUUCUCUUGUCCAAGGAGAUGUUCAACCCAUAUUAUGGUCUCUUUGAAUAUUCAGCAACGGACAACUACACGCUUCAGAUUAACCCUAAUUCAGGUCUUUGUAAUGAAGAUCACCUUUCAUAUUUCACAUUUAUUGGACGAGUGGCUGGCCUGGCAGUGUAUCAUGGGAAGCUGCUGGAUGGCUUCUUCAUCAGACCUUUUUACAAGAUGAUGCUGGGGAAGCCAAUAACAUUGAAAGACAUGGAAUCAGUGGACAGUGAAUACUACAACUCUUUGAAGUGGAUCCUGGAGAAUGACCCUACAGAGCUGGAUCUGAUGUUUUGCAUAGAUGAGGAAAACUUUGGACAGACGUAUCAAGUCGACCUGAAGCCAAAUGGGUCAGAAAUCAUGGUAACAAAUGAGAACAAAAGGGAAUACAUUGACCUGGUCAUCCAGUGGAGGUUUGUAAACAGAGUUCAAAAACAAAUGAAUGCUUUCCUGGAGGGAUUCACAGAACUUCUUCCUAUCGAUCUGAUUAAGAUUUUUGAUGAAAAUGAACUGGAGUUACUGAUGUGUGGCCUUGGUGAUGUCGAUGUUAAUGACUGGAGACAGCACACGAUCUACAAAAAUGGCUACUGCCCAAAUCAUCCCGUCAUCCAGUGGUUCUGGAAGGCUGUUCUACUGAUGGAUGCAGAAAAACGCAUUCGGUUACUGCAGUUUGUUACGGGGACAUCACGAGUGCCUAUGAACGGAUUUGCUGAACUUUAUGGUUCAAAUGGUCCUCAGCUGUUUACAAUAGAGCAAUGGGGAACUCCUGAUAAACUGCCCAGAGCUCACACAUGCUUUAAUCGCUUAGACUUACCUCUGUACGAAUCCUUCGACGACCUGCGAGAGAAGCUCCUUAUGGCAGUUGAAAAUGCACAAGGAUUUGAAGGAGUGGAUUAGGGCACUCCUUCCCACCUUCGGGCGCGUUCUGCUGCGCUUCCACUUCUCCACGAUGGACUCUGACUGUGGCAGAACCGUCGCACAGCGCUGGUUCCUGGAGCAAACUCUUCGACCAUGCGGUGGCCUAAAUGCAGAAUCUUGAACUCUGGUCUGUGGAUGGCUUUUUUGUCAUUUCCACAGCCAGUUACUAUGGGGUUAUAUGUACUCUGAUUACAUUUCAGCAGGACUUACUGUAUUUAUGUUGUGCCUCUGUAGGCUGAGCCCUUAAUAAAAAUUUUACAUAAUUUCUAAUGACAAUGAAUGGAAUUAAUCAUUUUACAGGGAUAGUGUUACAACUCAUGUUUACUUUUUAAUUGAUUUAGACGUUUUCAGAUUAUAUUUCAUUACAAUUAAAUGUCAUGUAUUUGGGGAAAAAAAAAAUGAGCUUUCUUUCUUAAUUUCGUACCAGACUUGAUGCCAGUGUCAUUUCUUUCAAGCUCAUUUUGAGCCUUGUGUUCCCAGACCAUUAGGAGAAUAGGAGACAGCUAUGUUGGAAUUCUUCUCUAUAUUGGCUAUAUCAAGAGCACAUAAAUAUUUUUCUGUAUCCAGAAGAAGUAUGGAUUCUAUGUUGCGUUUUUGUAUAAAUAAUAGUUAUGAGUCGAGGGACAGUCAUAACAUAGCAUGCCAAAUCUCAUGUUCAAUAAAGAAAUUGCCUCAUUAUUCCUUGGUGAUAUUUACAUGUACUGCAGAACAUUUUGGGGUAGGGUUGGCAUUAAUCAUUUAGGCAACUAUGCUUAACCCUGUCAUUAUCUUUGUAUGGUGGUUCUUUUAUUAUCCUUUCUUCUUUACUGUGUGCGGUGGAGGCAUUCUGAAGGAAACCUGGCACUGUGUGAUUUGGCGCUAUGGAAAACAGAUCUGUUUUGUCUCCUAUUUGUAUGCAUUUGCUAAUGAUAUCUAAACAUGAUAUUUUUUGUUUCUAACUGCACCAACUUUAAAGGCACUUUAUGUAACACAUUGAAGUCAUAUCUGUGUUUUUUUUAUCAUAAGCAUUAAUGUGAUUAUGUUCCUUCUCACUGCACAUGUCUUUCUGGUGCAAUAUCUAUCAAUUGUGAGUUUGGCUGCUGCUGAUGUAUAAAAGAGAAAAAAAAAACCAACCAGCUGUAGAGCUGAGCCUGCAGACAUGUUCCUCAGCAAUUGUUUUUGUGAUUUAUUUUUUACCUAAUCACAAAGAUUUAUUUAAUAUACACUGCUAUCUAUCUAAUCAGUUUUGUUACCUAUGACAUGUUGCAUGCCUAAACUAUAAUGUCUUGAGUUGCAUCUCUUGUGUGAUGGAUUAAAAGUGAAAGAUUUGUAUUUGA